AUGUUAAUGACAGCUUUUGUAAUUGAUUUAAAUGUUAUGUAUCGUCUUGGUAAUUCUGUUAGUAGCUAUUCGAAGAAUUUAAUAUAUAAAAGUAUAAUUGCUCCUUAUAUUGAUUAUUGUAGUAGUAUUAUGAUAAAUUACUCUGCGAGAGAUCUGGACAAGCUUCAAAACAUUCAAAAUAGAGCUAUGAGACUAGUUUUAGGAGUUAAUAGAAUUUUAAUGGAAUUAGUGCCCUAUUUAUGUAAGUCGGUCACCUGUCAACCAUUGCCUAGUAACCAUCGGCCGAUUGCAUUACUGGGGAGAUCUAUGAGCCGCUUAUCGAACAGUGAUCCAGUAUACUGA